AUGAGGGAAAUUGAUGCGCAUUUCGAUGCCUAUGAGCACCUGAAACACCUUCCACGAGAUGGCGAGGCGCUGCAUACCCUCCGUAAGGCUGCGUCCAUGGUCAAACCCAUGAUGAGGAAACGAGGCUGGAAGGUUGGAAUACUUGCCGAGUUCCUUCCUGAUGAGCCUCAACUGCUAGGCCUUAACAUCAACCGCACAGAGAGGAUCCUGAUCCGGCUGAGAUAUCACUAUGAUUCCAGGCAGUUUCUGUCCCUGGAGCAAGUCACAGAUACCUUACUGCAUGAACUCUGCCACAUAGUCAUUGGCCCUCACAAUGUCGACUUUAACAAUCUCUGGAACGAACUUCGGGAGGAGCAUCAGUCUCUUCUUGCGAAGGGUUACACUGGUGAGGGAUUCCUGACGCAAGGCCAAAAACUCGGCGGUAGGCGCAUACCGCUCGACGAGAUGCGCCGCCAGGCUCGGGUCGCUGCUGAGAAGCGACGAACGUCGACCGACGCCAGCGCAGGAGGGCAUCGCUUAGGUGGUUCACGGCCUACAGCACGCGGUGUUGAUAUGCGUAAAGUCAUCGCAGACGCGGCCUCACGCAGAAACAGCAUCACCGAAGGUUGUGCAAGCGGAAGCUCUGAGACUCAGCGGCUAGUCAACCAGGUCAAUCAGCAAGAGCAGGACAGGUUCCGCACCACAGCUGAGCAAGACGAUGCCAAUGAUUGGGCGAUUGCCCAAGCCCUGCAAGAUCUCAUGUACGACGAAGAAAUGCAGAGAUUAGGCGCCCCGACUGGAAACGGUGGGCUAAGUUGGGAUCCUCAAAACGGACUACAGUUCGACAGUGCACCACCUUCCCCUAGCAUCUCGCCAGCUCUACCAACUCAAUCUCACCCUACACGCAGCACAACCUACCCUCUUCCAGGCCAACCUCUGCCACGAUCAACUGCGCAAACGUCAUCAAAAGCACUAACACGUACUCCUUCAACAUCCGCAAGGACACCCUCGCGCCUUAUCUCAUACGACGAAGAGCAACGACGGAACAAGCGUCUUCCCCCCACACCACCGCGGCCAUCUCCGCGGCCAUCUCCGCCACAGCAAUCUGUCACGUUCCCUACUGACCCGAAUAAGUGGGCGUGUCCGCAAUGCACGCUACACAACCCACUCGACUAUCUUGCUUGUGGUGCCUGUGGCCUCGAACAGCCACCCCAGCCCAUACCAGAACAUAAACGCUUCGCAUCGUCAUAUACGGUACCUACUCUACCCAAACCACCGCCGCAGUCUGGACUGCGAGGGCAGGGUGCCACGCCGUUUGAACCUGCAAGAGGCAGGAUAGGCUGGAACUGUCUCGAGUGUGGGACCUUCAUGGAAAAUCAAUGGUGGACCUGUUCGCUUUGCGGAACGAUGAAGUCGGACUCGUAG